UAACUAUAUUACUUGUGUGGAGUAAAGUAAAUAAAAAUAUCAACUUAACUAAAUAACUACUAAAUUAAUGCAAAAUAUAAGUUGAACCAACAAUAUGAUUUCGUUAAACAAUUCAUUUAGAAUUCUGUCGUUAUCUUGUAAAUUACUUCAACCAAGACAAAAAUUUCCGCUAUAUUUACCAAAAAAUGACUUGAAAACUUCGUUAGAAGAAAAAAUUGGUCUUCCCCCAAAGCCAAAAAAGCCUUUAACUCCGUAUUUUCGAUUCAUGAAAAAGAUGAGAGAUUCUGUAACUGCCGAAAACCCGAAUGCUAAAGCUCAUGAAAUUGUCAAGAUAUUAGCUAGUAAAUGGGAAAAUUUAGAUGAAAUAAAUAAAAAGAAAUUGCAAGAAGAAUAUAAAAAAGAUCAAAUUUCUUAUUUAGAAACUAGAACUAAGUACGAUAGUAAGGUAACUGAUGAGCAAAGAGGCGAGUUAAAGCAACUAAAGCAGGAAUUAGCAGAUGCAAAACAAAAGCGUGCCAUGCGUAAGCGUAUUAAAGAUUUAGGAAAACCAAAAAAGCCUGCUUCAGCUUUCUUGAGAUUUUUAAAACAUGAAAGAUCUGCAACCCCCCAAGGACCAAAUCAAACUUAUAAAGAAUGGCAUAAGAAAACUGUUGAAAAGUGGGCUCGUUUAUCUGACGUUGAAAAGGAACCUUUUGUAAAAGAAUCUGGAAAAGAGCUUGAAGCUUACAAGAAAAGUAUUGCAAAGUGGGAAGAGAAAAUGAUACGUCUAGGCCAUAUUGAUGUUGUUCGUCAAGAGUCCUUAAUAGAUCCACCAGAUUUAAAGCCAACUGCAACGAAAACUCAAAAAAUUCGAAAUAAGAAAACAGAAUAGGAAUUUUGGUGCCCCUCUUCACAUAAUUCUCAACUUGAAACAAAAAAUCCAAAUUUUCAAACUAGUUUAAAAACAAAUAUUAAUACCAAGAAUGUUGAUUAUAAUAUUUUGGAAAAAAUAAACUUGAAUAAAAAUAAAAGAGAAUCGGAAAUUAAAGAGAGGAGGGGUACGGGUGAUGAAAUAAAUACAAUUAGUCCCAAUGAAUUAGAUAAUAAGACAGAAAGAAAAAGUUUUUUAACAAAAAUUUCUUCAUUUUUCAAUAAAAAAUAAAUGCAUUUUUCGCUGACAUUAACACAUCAACUUAUUUUCAUGAAAAUUUUGAAAUGUAUUUCAUUUUUUGACCAUUUUGUAUAUUGUUACAGAAUUUUCUAAUAAAAUUUAGUU